AUGAGUGAAAUCCCUGAGAUAGAAGCUAAUAAAUAUGAGUCAGAAGACCAGGAACGACUACUGGAGGGCAAAGGUCCAUCUCAUGCUGAAUGGGCAGGCCAAGAGUUCUAUCUUUCCUUCAUGCAAAAUUACGCACCAAACUACGACACUCCUAACUUCCAUUUAUCCAUCACUGCACUAAAUCAACGUGCUGAGGUGACAGUGAAAGUACCUGCCUUAAAUUUCAAACAAGAGAGAUCGCUCAAACCUGGGGAGAUGGUCACCAUUGAUCUCCCCACUGGUGUUGAGUUAUUUGGAAGCAUGAAGUCCUCCAACACUGUGUUUAUUGAAGCCUCUGCAGAUGUAGCAGUAACAUCCUUGAAUUGCAAACAGUACACAUCAGACACCUCUGUGGUGUAUCCUGUCACUGAAUGGGGAACUGAAUAUUACAUCUUCACACCUGCUAUAUCACCCGGUGGCACCUUCAAAGAGUUCUCUGUGACAAAUGGAAAAGAGAAGAACACAGUUCAGGUUUUUCCACAAAGCCAGAUAAUAUUCGAAGGUCGAAACUACCAGCCUGGCACAACCAUAGUCAUAGAACUGCAGCCCUAUCAGAGUGUCCAGCUCCAGAGCACAGGUGACUUGUCUGGAUCAAGAAUUGCUACGCAGCACCCUGUUGCUGUUUUUUCAGGCCACACUUGCACAUGGCGCUUCUCUACAUGUGACCAUGUUUACGAACAGCUCCUGCCAGUAAGCAGAUGGGGAACGAACUUCAUUGUUUCUUCUGUGAACUUCCAGAAUCAGUUUGACAGUGUUUACAUCCAGGCGUCCCAGAACACCCAGGUUAAAGUGCAGAAUGGUCAGCAUACUGAUGUUAUGAGUUUAGUUAAAGGACAGGUAAAAGAAAUCCAGUCCCGCUAUCCUGAGAUACUGUCCAUUCAGGCAGAUAAUGGCAUCCAGGUCCUCUUGCUCUUUAAUGGUGUCAAGAACUACGACCCUUUCUUAAUGACCAUCGUUCCCACAAACCGGUUCUGUUCAUCUUACUCUCUUGAAGCUCUAAAUGGAUUUAUAAACCAGGCCAUGCUUGUGGCAAAGGACAGUGAGAUAGCACAGCUACGUGUUAAUGGUGAAAAACUUUCCCAUGACAUCCAGUGGCAAAAGGUGGCAGGAACUAAUUUCAUGUGGACACAGAUCGAACUACUGUCUAGCAACAAGCAAUACACUGUUACCAGCUCUGGUUCCAGCUUUGGUCUCUACAGCAUCGGAUUCAAGUACGCGGAAAGUUAUGGUUCACCAGCUCAAUGUUUGCAACCAGAGGUUGGACUUGGUACCUGUUGGGCCAUGGGAGAUCCCCACUACCAAACAUUUGAUGGACAUCGUUAUGAUUUCAUGGGUACCUGCACAUAUGUCAUCAGCAAGAAAUGUGCAGCAGAUAGUAGUCUUCCAGACUUUGAGGUCAUCGCCCAGAAUGAGAACAGGGGAAGCCUCAGGGUGUCAUAUGUUGCCUUAGUCACAGUGAAGGUGUAUGGCUAUGACAUCACAGUUGUCCGGACUGAGAAAGGUCAUGUGAGGAUUGACAACAGUCUGUGGAGCUUGCCCAUCACUUUGAACAAUGACAAUCUGAUGAUAUUCCAGUCUGGUCGCUACGUGGUCAUUCAGACCACGUUUGGUCUCACUGUCAAAUAUGACUGGGUACAUGCAUUGGUGGUUACCUUGUCUAAAAAUUAUGCUGGUAUGACUUGCGGCCUCUGUGGCAACUUCAAUGGCAACCCAAAAGAUGACUUUGCCACUCCAUCAGGACCACAGGCUGGUAGUGCUGUAGAGUUUGGAGGCAGUUGGAAGGUGCCAGGUUUGAUGAACAAUGACAAUUGUAGAGAUGACUGUGUGGGUGGGUGUGAAAGCUGCGAACAUGACAUGAUGAAGAUUUGGGAGGGUGAUACUUUCUGUGGACUCAUCACACUUGUACUUAAUGGGCCAUUCAGUCAAUGCCAUAGUGUCAUAGACCCACAAGCAUACCUGGAGAACUGCAAAUAUGACAUCUGUAUGGGAGGCGGCCUUCAGCAAUUUCUCUGCAGAGCACUGGAGGAUUACAUGGAUGCCUGCCAGAGUGCUGGUAUUGAAGUUCUUGACUGGAGGAACACUGCGAAAUGCCCUGGUAAAUGUCCAGCCAACAGCCACUAUGAGCUGUGUGGUAAUGCCUGCCCUGCCACAUGUACUGACCCUAAUGCCCCCGCCAAAUGCAUACGUCCUUGUGUGGAGACUUGCACCUGUAACACAGGCUAUGUUCUGAGUGGGGAUCGGUGUGUGCCUGCUGCUCAGUGUGGUUGUACCUAUGAAGGGCGCUAUGUUCCUGCCGGGGAGACAUUUUGGCCUGACAAGGACUGUCGGAAACAGUGCAAGUGUGUUGCUGAAACCAGACUUGUGGAAUGCCAGGAUAAAGGCUGUAGAGCAGAGGAGACAUGUCAAGUGAUUGAUGGAAUAAGAAAGUGCCAUCCAGUCUCCCAGAGUACCUGCCAAGCCACAGGUGACCCUCAUUACACGACGUUUGACAAUAACAAGUUUGAUUUCCAGGGGACAUGUGUAUACCAGUUGGUUGCAGUUUGCUCCAAGGUUGAGAGUUUGGUACCAUUUGAGGUACUGGUGCAAAAUGACCACCGGGGCAGCAAUGUGGUUUCCUUCACUAAGUUAGUGGAGGUCAAGGUCUACUCCCUCAGCAUUGUCAUCAGUAAGAACUACAAUGGCCGAAUUAUGAUCAAUGGUGAGCUGGUCAACUUACCCAUCACCCUAAGUGAAGGACAGGUGUCUGUGUUCAAGAGUGGCUAUUAUGCAGUGGUCACCACAUCCUUUGGUCUUAAAGUCUCCUUUGACUGGAGAAGUGCUGUAUUUGUAACACUUCCAAGCAUCUAUAGGGGCACUGUUUGUGGCCUCUGUGGCAACUACAAUGGAAAACCCCAGGAUGAUCUGAUUCCAAAGAAUGGUGACAAAGUUGCCCCUGCAAACGAAUUUGGAACCAGCUGGAAAGUGGCUGAAAUCCCAGGCUGUGUUGACGGCUGUAAAGGGGUGUGCCCAGAUUGUGACAAAACAGAGAAGGUGAAGUAUGAAACAGGGGACUUCUGUGGUAUCUUGAAGGACCCCAAAGGACCAUUCCGUGACUGCCAUGCGAAGGUGAACCCAGAUAAUUUCUUUGAAGACUGUGUGUUUGAUGCAUGCAUCUAUAAGGGCAGGAAAGAUGUACUAUGUCAAGCCAUCAUGUCAUACAGCUCGUCCUGCCAAGAUGUAGGUGCCAAACUAUACAGCUGGAGAACCAAAGAAUUCUGUGAAAUGGAUUGUCCAGUCCACGCCCACUAUGAGUUGUGUGGCCCCGCCUGUCCUGCCACCUGCAAGAGCCUGGCGCCUCCACAAGGCUGUCAGGCCCACUGUGAAGAGGGCUGUUCCUGUGAUGAGGGGUACAUCCUCAGUGGUGAUCAGUGUGUUCCUUUCUCAGACUGUGGCUGUGAAUAUGAUGACCAGUACUACAGCAUUGGUCAGGUGUUUUACCCCAAUGGGAACUGUCAGGAGGAGUGCACGUGCAAAAAAGGUGGCGAGGUGGAGUGUAAGAAGUUCUCAUGUGGCCCUAAUGAGAAAUGUAUGAUCAAAUACGGUGUUCAGAAAUGCCACCCUGUUGAACCUGGUACCUGUUGGUCCAUGGGAGAUCCCCACUACCUAACAUUUGAUGGACGUCGUUAUGAUUUCAUGGGUACAUGCACAUAUGUCAUCAGCAAGAAAUGUGCAACAGAUAGUCAACUUCCAGACUUUGAGGUCAUCGCCCAGAAUGAGAACAGGGGAAGCCUCAGGGUGUCAUAUGUUGCCUUGGUCACAGUGAAGGUGUAUGGCUAUGACAUCACAGUUGUCCGGACUGAGAAAGGUCAUGUGAGGAUUGACAACAGUCUGUGGAGCUUGCCCAUCACUUUGAACAAUGACAAUCUGAUGAUAUUCCAGUCUGGUCGCUACGUGGUCAUUCAGACCACGUUUGGUCUCACUGUCAAAUAUGACUGGGUACAUGCAUUGGUGGUUACCUUGUCUAAAAAUUAUGCUGGUAUGACUUGCGGCCUCUGUGGCAACUUCAAUGGCAACCCAAAAGAUGACUUUGCCACUCCAUCAGGACCACAGGCUGGUAGUGCUGUAGAGUUUGGAGGCAGUUGGAAGGUGCCAGGUUUGAUGAACGAUGACAAUUGUAGAGAUGACUGUGUGGGUGGGUGUGAAAGCUGCGAACAUGACAUGAUGAAGAUUUGGGAGGGUGAUACUUUCUGUGGACUCAUCACACUUGUACUUAAUGGGCCAUUCAGUCAAUGCCAUAGUGUCAUAGACCCACAAGCAUACCUGGAGAACUGCAAAUAUGACAUCUGUAUGGGAGGCGGCCUUCAGCAAUUUCUCUGCAGAGCACUGGAGGAUUACAUGGAUGCCUGCCAGAGUGCUGGUAUUGAAGUUCUUGACUGGAGGAACACUGCGAAAUGCCCUGGUAAAUGUCCAGCCAACAGCCACUAUGAGCUGUGUGGUAAUGCCUGCCCUGCCACAUGUACUGACCCUAAUGCCCCCGCCAAAUGCAUACGUCCUUGUGUGGAGACUUGCACCUGUAACACAGGCUAUGUUCUGAGUGGGGAUCGGUGUGUGCCUGCUGCUCAGUGUGGUUGUACCUAUGAAGGGCGCUAUGUUCCUGCCGGGGAGACAUUUUGGCCUGACAAGGACUGUCGGAAACAGUGCAAGUGUGUUGCUGAAACCAGACUUGUGGAAUGCCAGGAUAAAGGCUGUAGAGCAGAGGAGACAUGUCAAGUGAUUGAUGGAAUAAGAAAGUGUCAUCCAGUCUCCCAGAGUACCUGCCAAGCCACAGGUGACCCUCAUUACACGACGUUUGACAAUAACAAGUUUGAUUUCCAGGGGACAUGUGUAUACCAGUUGGUUGCAGUUUGCUCCAAGGUUGAGAGUUUGGUACCAUUUGAGGUACUGGUGCAAAAUGACCACCGGGGCAGCAAUGUGGUUUCCUUCACUAAGUUAGUGGAGGUCAAGGUCUACUCCCUCAGCAUUGUCAUCAGUAAGAACCACAAUGGCCGAAUUAUGAUCAAUGGUGAGCUGGUCAACUUACCCAUCACCCUAAGUGAAGGACAGGUGUCUGUGUUCAAGAGUGGCUAUUAUGCAGUGGUCACCACAUCCUUUGGUCUUAAAGUCUCCUUUGACUGGAGAAGUGCUGUAUUUGUAACACUUCCAAGUAUCUAUAGGGGCACUGUUUGUGGCCUCUGUGGCAACUACAAUGGAAAACCCCAGGAUGAUCUGAUUCCAAAGAAUGGUGACAAAGUUGCCCCUGCAAAAGAAUUUGGAACCAGCUGGAAAGUGGCUGAAAUCCCAGGCUGUGUUGACGGCUGUAAAGGGGUGUGCCCAGACUGUGACAAAACAGAGAAGGUGAAGUAUGAAACAGGGGACUUCUGUGGUAUCUUGAAGGACCCCAAAGGACCAUUCCGUGACUGCCAUGCUAAGGUGAACCAAGAUAAUUUCUUUGAAGACUGUGUAUUUGAUGCAUGCAUCUAUAAGGGCAGAAAAGAUGUAUUAUGUCAAGCCAUCACGUCAUACAGCUCUGCCUGCCAAGAUGUAGGUGCCAAACUAUACAGCUGGAGAACCAAAGAAUUCUGUGAAAUGGAUUGUCCAGUCCACACCCACUAUGAGUUGUGUGGCCCAGCCUGUCCUGCCACCUGCAAGAGCCUGGCGCCUCCACAAGGCUGUCAGGCCCACUGUGAAGAGGGCUGUUCCUGUGAUGAGGGGUACAUCCUCAGUGGUGAUCAGUGUGUUCCUUUCUCAGACUGUGGCUGUGAAUAUGAUGAUCAGUACUACAGCAUUGGUCAGGUGUUUUACCCCAAUGGGAACUGUCAGGAAGAGUGCACGUGCAAAAAAGAUGGCGAGGUGGAGUGUAAGACGUUCUCAUGUGGCCAUAAUGAGAAAUGUAUGAUCAAAGAUGGUGUUCAGAAAUGCCACCCUGUUGUUGAGGGUGUGUGCUACGCCUCUUGUGACUCCCAUUUCCUGUCAUUUGAUGGGUUCAAAUUUGACUUCCAUGGCACCUGCACCUAUACCCUAUCUAAGAGCUGCAAUCUCGAAGGCAGCCACCUGCUGGCUUUCUCUGUUCAGUUGCAGAAUGCACAAUGGGCCCACAUAAAAACUAAAGAGGUUGCUGUCGAUGUUUAUGGCUUCAGUCUCAUCUUUAAGAACACCAUGUUUGGAGUCCUGGUCAAUGGCAUUGUUAACCAUCUUCCCAUAAACCUUAAUGAUGGAGCAGUGCAGAUCUAUCAACAUGGCACCAAAUAUGUCAUUCAGACUGAUUUUGGCCUACGUGUCACCACGGACCUAUUCUACCAUGUUUCAGUAACGGUCCCCGGUAACUACCAGAAUAAGGUGUGUGGCUUAUGUGGGAACUUCAAUGGAAACAACCGAGAUGACUUCCAGAUGCCCAACGGACAACUCGCCGAAAAUGGGAACAUGUUUGGGAAGUCAUGGAUGGCUGACAUCCCCAAUGUGUGGUGUCAAAAUGGCUGUGAAGGCAACAUGUGUCCCGUAUGUGAACCAGCUUGGAAGGAUGUGUUGUCUAAGCCCACUUACUGUGGAAUUAUUACAGCACCUGAAGGCCCUUUUGCACCGUGCCAUAGUAAAGUUAACCCACAGUCCUACUUUGAUGACUGCGUGUUUGACGUGUGUGUUUUUAAUGGUGAUUGGAAGGUUCUGUGUGAUAGUGUGGCAGCGUAUGCCUUCCACUGUCACAUGGCAGGAGUAGACAUUAAAAACUGGAGGACACCAUCAUUCUGUCCCAUGAAAUGCCCAGCAAACAGUCACUAUGAGGUGUGUGCAGAUUCCUGCUCCACAUCUUGUCUGGGCCUCACAGAGAUCGUCCAGUGUUCAACCAGCUGCACUGAGGGCUGUGAAUGUGAUGCUGGCUUCCUGUUUGAUGGACAGACAUGCGUUAAGGACACUGAGUGUGGCUGCUACGAUAAUGGAAAAACAUACAAGUUGGGCCAAGCAGAAGUGGAUAAAGAGUGCAAGUCCAAGUGUGUGUGCCAAGAAUCUGGUGAGAUGAAGUGUGCAAAACUUACCUGUGCCGCUGAGGAAGUAUGUACUGUACAAGAUGGAGUCCAGGAUUGUCACGUGAAGCAGGGUUACUGCACGGUCAGCCCUGGUGGCUACCUGACCUCCUUUGAUGGCAUGUCUGGAGGAGUAGGAGGUCCAGGGGCAUUUCAAUUGGCGUCUCUCUGUGAUGAGGACACGGCGCUGUGGUUCCGUGUGGUCGUGGAUGUCAGAGUUUGCAGUCACUGUGCAGCAAAGCAGGUCGUCACUGUGUUUGUGUACUUGAACAACACCUCCAUCAUAGUAAACAAAGAUCAUCUGGUCUGGGUCAACGGCAAGAAAGUGUCUCUUCCCAAGGAUCUCACAAGUGAGCUUUCCAUCCACAUCUCUGACAUGACUGUGACCAUCGAGUGGGCGUCGGCUCUGAGGGUCACCUACUCGUCUCAGGAGGUCACCGUCAUCGUUCAUCAUAGUCUGUCUGGUAAAACGUGUGGCGCCUGUGGAAACUACAACAACGAUGCCAAAGAUGACAUGAGAACUGCAGGCGGGAAAUCCACGACUGAUGUGGCUAUGGUGACUGACUCUUGGAAUGCUGAGGAAAUCUCUAGGUGCGGCCUGUAGUGUUGUUGGUUCUACGGUGACACUUUGGUGUUCAGGAUGAAGAAGAAGAGCCUGUGAAGUCAUUUGGAUGAAGUUGUGUCUUAUUCCUACUUUUCUACUUCCUAUUGAUUCUUGAUAUGUUAAAGAUUGUGAACUGAAGGUCCGUUCUGUUCAUUUUUGUGCCGUACAAAUUAUGGAUCAUUUUUGAGCAACACCUCCAUCUGGUGGACCAACAACCAACAUCACCAGAGUCCCACAGGCCUGAUACUGACAUAGAAAGUCUAAUAAUAAUCUGUCUCGUACAUUUCAUAUUGGACUUUUCAUGGUUUAAAUAUAGGUACAUUUUGCAAAAAAAAUGUUUUCUUCUAACUGUUCUGACAAUAAAUACUUUAGCAGCA